CUGCGCAUCCGUUUUGGCGGCUCCCUUCCGCGCUGACCCCUCUCGCUCCUCCACAAGAUGUCGCGCUCCGCCCCGCCAUCAAUCGAGCCGCCCUGCUAGCAGCGCUUCCCCCGACGGCGACGACCCCUCUCGUCGCUUCCUCCCCGUCGCGAGGCCGCCGCCCCCUCUCACCGCUCCUGCCCCCUCGCGCCGCCGCCGCUCGCUAUCGCCAUGUACAGAUGGCCGCGCCCUGCUGCCGCAGACGCGCCAACGAGCCGCUCCUACCCCCUUCCGCCGGCGCCGUUCCCACGCCCUGCUACCCUCGCGUCGGAGCCGCUCCCAGGCCAUGCUGCCCUCGCGCCGGAGCUGCUCCUGCGCCCUGCCCUCCUCGCGCCGGCGCGCGAGGAGCCGGUGGUCUGGACGCCUCCAGAGGAACCCCGGUUUGCUUAUCCUCCAUUGACCUUCGGUGGCCAGAUGCGUGAGGAUCUCUCCAAUGGUGAGCAGUUCGUUCAGGACGGCUGCAAUGGUGGACAGCAUGUUGCGACUCCAAUAGAUGGAGGCAAGAACAUGUGUACGGAUCGGAAAGAAUUCACUACAGGUACCUCAAAUCAAAUUGAUCGGCUGUCCAGCAUGCAGAAGGCAGAGCGUCGGUGUCCUUCACGUACGAACGAUGGCGGGCGGCAGCGGCGGCGUCAAGCCAUAGCGACGGGUCGCGUGCAGGAAACGGAUGAGAUCAAUGGAACAAUACGACGUGGGUCUAGAUUUGAAAAUAAAGCUUAUAUUUUAGCUAGUCUCUUGGACUACCCCAUAAAAUUAGAUAGAUUUCUAUCUUUACAAAGGGGUUAUAAUCUCCAUAUUUAACUAAAAGAUACAAAAGCUCUUGGAGAUGCUCGGGGUGUUUAGUUCCC